GAGGUGACAGCAUGGCUUCCCGGGACACACCGCCGGCCACCAGCUACGCCCCGCCCGACGUGCCCUCGGGGGUCGUUGGCGUGCUCCUUACCAUCCCCUUCGCCUUCUUCCUACCGGAGCUGGUGUUUGGGUUCUUGGUCUGGACUCUGGUGGCUGCCACACACAUCGAGCAGCCCCUGCUGCAGGGAUGGGUGCUGUAUGUGUCGCUCACCUCCUUUCUCAUCUCCCUGAUGUUCCUGCUGUCCUACUUGCUGGGGUUUUACAAACGAUUCGAGUCCUGGAGGGUCCUGGACAGCCUGUACCAUGGAACCACGGGCAUCCUGUACAUGAGUGCCGCCGUCCUGCAAGCACACGCCACUAUCAUGUCUGAAUAUAAAUACGUAAACCACUACUACAUCAAUACCGCAGCCUCGUUCUUCGCCUUCCUCACCACCCUGCUCUAUAUUCUGCAUGCCUUCAGCAUCUAUUACCACUGAAGUGCAGGGGAAUCCAACCCGGUAGCUCUUGCCAUUUGCCAUCUGGGUGAUAAAUGGAAGAUCCCCCCCAAGCCACUCACGGGGUCAACAGACUAUCUUUCUGGAAUGUGUGAGGAGACCCACUUGAGCAUUUUUCUCGUUGGACAUUCUUACUCCUCACGGUGACUAUGAGAAAACUAUUCCGCCACCAAAGAUGACUGGCCCUGACCCUGAAGAUCUACCCCACCCCCCACCCCCCACCCCUGCCCUGAAGACGACUGCUUCUUGAAGUUUCCUGACCGUGAACUCAGCUUUUCUAAAAAAACCAACUUUGAACCCCUCACCAUUCAAAAUGCCAGCUCUGCCAUCAUACCCAUUUAGGAUCUUUUGUUUGGCAUUGGUGCUCCCCAUGAUAGGUUUAGGGAAUAUUCAAUCUUACUUUCUAAAAUAGGCAAGGCUCCACGAAGUGAGUGUCUAACGUAAUGCCCGUGCGCAGACAGACCUUCCUUGUAACCUCUGCUGCCGCCCUGGAGCCGUUGUCCCGACCUGCCCUCUUCCUCCGAUCCCACUCCUACUUCCUCUGCAUUGAAGAGAUCCAAGGAAAAUGUACAUAAAACCAACUCUGAGGGCAAAUUUAUGGGAGAAAUAAACGGUGGGGUUUGGAGAGUCAUAAUGGGAAGGACGUAGCCAGUUGAUGCAUAAGCCGGGUCCCUUGGGAACUACAGGGCUCAGUGCGCCUGCGUGGAGCCUCAAAGACCAACCUGAGGACCAGAGGUUUGCACGUCCUUCAGGAAAGACUUCAGCGAAGGAGAUGGGCACAUCGCAGGCACGGAUUUACCUUCCGGCUCCUCCCAACACAGCGGGAAGAAGAGGUUGCUAGAUUGUUGCAGGGGCUGUGAAAGGACCCCUCUGGAGGUCUGUGCUCACUUCUGUGUGCCCCCAACUCUUUCUGGAGACUCUCUGGGUGGGGCCCGUCUGCAGGAUUCAUCAUAGAAAGGCAAUUGAGUUUGGGGGCUAUUUUUCCAAGACCAGGCGUCGUGAGAAGAAAAGUAUGAAGUCAAGGGAAUACUCCUGGAGCAAGCUGGGCUCUCUAUCUCAUCACCACCCGGGAGGGUCUCAGCCCCUUGCCAAGGGCGCCUGCGUGGCUGGGUUUCCUCACCCAACAGGCCAACAGGGCACAGCCCCAUAACUGCCUAAAUAAAUAAUUACUGAAAGGGAAUUAGCGGAAUCUAACUUUUCUCCAUUCGGGUGUGUUGGGAGGGGGUAGGGGUCACUUACUAAUUGCCCUGAUGUCUUGAAAAGCCAACACUUGUCUCUUAUUUUAUAGCCUGGCAGCUAUCUGUGAUGUUCACCGUUGAAUAUUUACUGAGUGGCCACGUACAAAUAAAAGAUGUUUGUAUAGUGG